CGAUCAUUAACCCGCAGUCGGUACCUGGUCCGCUGUGAUAUGACAUAUAAGGUGUAGGUUUGCUAGGUUUUCUCGGUGUACAACUUAUUGCCUGAACAGACGCGUUUGCUACAAUAACGCGGUCGCUGUGUUCGAUCGCCGCCGAAUCCCGUCACCGCCGUGAAGUAUAUCAAACCAGGCUUGUACGACCUUCAACUCGACUAUAUUGGCUUGUUCCAACCAUCGACAUGGACUUUCUUUACAUUGGUCGGCAGAUUAUGGAAGCUCUACCUUCAGGAAAUGGCACUGAGGUCAGCGACCUUCCCAUUAAGCUUCUCGAGGCGGUCGUUCCCGGAUAUAGUCUAUUCGCAACCACCGUACAGCAAUGGCUCGGCUUCGAUAUCAGUCUGGUCAUGACCUGCGUCGCCUUCUUCUUCAUCGCCAAGCGUGCCUUCGACUUUCUCUGGUCUCGUUCAUACAAGACUUUUCUGGAUCAUUUCAGCAGCUCUGUACACAUCGAUGGCAGUGAUGAUCUCUACACUACAGUACUUGAGUGGAUCGGAGGCACCAGACCCGAUCUAUCGAAGCGCUCGCUUACGGCUCGCACACAAUACGGCAACCAGUACGACUCUGACGACGAGAGCGACGCCGACGGCGAAGAUGCAGAUAUGCUUGCAAAAGUCGCAAUCGGUGAUCACGGUUACUUCAACUUCUCAAAGACGGCUGCACGUAUUCCUCCACGCUAUGAGCCAUUCUAUGGUCGUUUCUGGUUUACGACUCCUCGUGGUACCUUUCAGUUCAGCAAAACCGAGUACACCGUUCGGGGCAACGAUGGCGGUGAACGUACAGAGUCUGCUCUUGACAUUUCUUGCAUUGGCCUUACCACCGCUCCAAUCAAACUCCUCAUCGCUGAUAUCAAGGCUUGGUCUGUACGUAAGGAAGGCUCCAAGACUGUCAUUCGUAUACCAUGCUCUGAGCGUUGGAACGCCUGGAUGAGAAGCUCAGAGCGUCCCUCGCGUCCUCUCGACACUGUCAUCCUUGACCCUGAGCAAAAGUCACGCAUCUUGUCUGACAUGGACGAGUAUCUUCAUCCCCUGAGUCCCAAGUGGUAUGCAUCUCGUGGCAUCCCAUACCGUCGUGGAUACCUGUUCUCUGGACCUCCUGGAACUGGCAAGACAAGUCUCAGUUUCUCCCUCGCUGGUAUCUUCGGCUUGGAUAUUCACAUCAUCAAUCUCAUGGAUCCGUCGAUGAGUGAGAGCAUGUUGUCGAGAUUGUUCAACAACUUGCCAAAGAGAUGCAUUGUCUUGUUCGAGGACAUUGAUGCUGCAGGUAUCAAGAAGCGGAAGGAUGAUUCCGAUGGUGAUUCGGACUCCAACUCUGAUUCCAAGUCUGACUGUAAUUCGGAGAGCGAGUAUGAAAAGCCAAGGAAGGUAUCUCACAAGAACGGUAGAAAGAGCAGAGGCCGUGCUGCAGUUCAAAAGCGGACGACCACAAAUGGUGCAGCCAGGCCAGUGAAACAAAGCUCGAUUGCACUUGAUUCUGACAGCGAAACCGAUGACGACGCAACUCAGAAACCUCUGAGUCUGCAUCGCUUUCAGCUUCCCGUCUAUCCUCAACCUCGGCUUCAUCCUCCCCCCACCACAAGGAUGAUCCCCUCACCGUCGAGUCUCUCGCUCGCGCCCUCAUCGCCGCCAAAUGAACCCACAUCCAAGAUCUCGCUCUCUGGCCUCCUCAAUUGCAUAGACGGUGUAGCAACACAUGAAGGUCGUAUCCUCAUCAUGACGACCAACCACCCAGAAAAGCUCGAUCCAGCUCUCAUUCGUGCAGGUAGAGUGGAUAUGCAAAUCGCCUUCACCAAUGCCACUUCUUCGCAAAUCAAAAGUUUGUUUUUGCGCAUGUAUGCUGUGGAUAAUCUCCCUGCACUGUCCGCUGGAACCAAGCACUUGCCCAAGAUUGGUUUGAUGAAGAACUUUGGAGAUAUAGCUAGCACUGGCGAUACAGAGAAAUCGCUCACGGAAGCCGAGUUGGAAGUGUUGAGCACACAAUUUGCUGAACUGCUGCCGGAGGGUAGAUUUGCACCUUCUGAUGUGCAAGGAUAUCUACUGUUACACAGAAAGAAGCCUCGCGAGGCUGUUGAAAAGGCUGCUGCAUGGAGAGAUACAAAGUUGGCUGAGAUGGCAGAUAAAGAAAAGAGCAAGAUGGUCGUGAAAAAGGCAAAGAAGGCAUAGAUGAUUCACGAGUGCUACGGACGUUACAUAAAUUUUUGAAUUCAAUCUUUGAACUACUCCUC